AUGGAGUCAAAGUCCCAGACAUGCCAACAGAGCCAGAACCGUAAAGAUAAAGAAUUAAAACUACACUGAGAAGAACUGGACAGAAAAGAUUCCUGAAAUCGAGCAAUUUUUUACAAACAUGAAGUGCCAAAGACGACAGCAAACUUCUUUUUCAGAAAUCAUUAUUCAUUAAGUUCGAAGUACAUCAAAGAUUUAUGAUUCACCAAAGAAAUUACAAAUGAUUCUAUUGCCAAAAUCUUUGUUUCCAAAAUCAGGCCUAAAUAUGCUACCAAGAUGAUGAAUUUACUGUUAAAAUAACCAGAGUAGUGUUGAAAUAGACACAAGCCAGGACCCUUCUUUUUACAGACAAAAGAUGUCGAUUAACUAUUUGGUCAAGUACACUCACUCUCUCAAAAGACUUGAUCUGAACCUGAUCUUAAUGAUUUCCAAACAGUUUGUUAACAUCCUUUUGGGAGGAGUCAACCUUGAGUAUUUGAAAAUCAAUGAUUGCUUCAUCUUUGGGCCUCAGCUUUCAUUUUCAUAUGAGGGUACAACUUCUAAACUUAAGAACUUCGACAUUCAAUGGGAGGUAAUAACCCUCCCAGAGCAUCUUCGAACAAACCUAGAGUACUACAACAACCUCUUAACAAACCUCAGCCAAUGCCCUUGCUCCAAAACCCUUGCCAAAAUCUCAGUCACCAACUCCAAAAUCCCCUUCCACCUCCAACACUCCCUCCUCCAAACCCACUGCCACCUCAAAAUCACCUUCUGUCCUACCCCUCCAUAUUCCUAAAUCCC